AUGUACCGUUUAUUAGGAUUUCUUUUUUUCUUGACUGGCGCGUUGGGACAAGUCACUCUUAAUGGAACCUGUAACUUCACUGACAUAUCAGCAGUGAGGGAUUUGAAUAUAACAAAGUUGUCAGGGGACUGGCACCAGAUCAGACGCAUCAUGAACUCACAAGAAUCAGGAACCUGCUCAACAACAAAAAUCAAUGCUACUUUCACUAACAGCACUUCAAAUAUAACAAUAUCUAACAAAGAAGUAAAUAACAAAAAGAAAAUAUACAGAAAUGGAACCAUAAAUCUCAAUAAUAUUACGCGAGGAAAAUUAUUCAUAAGCUAUCCAGAUAUUGCCUACGACUCAAUAAUUUUAGCGACAAACUACACAAACUAUGCGGUGUUAUACAGUUGCAAAAAUAAUAAGAAUGCUACAAAGAAGGUUUGGGCGUGGGUAUUAAGCCGAGACACAACUUUAAACAAGAAUGAGGAAGACAUGAUCAAAUCCGUUAUCUACAUUAACGAGGAUCUGAAGAACGCUACAUGGAUUGACUCAGAUCAUUCGAAGGAGGCUUGCGAUGCUAACUCAAGCACGUCCUUCCGCUUGUCAAUUAUUUUAACUUCCCUUACUUUAAUAUUUGUAUGCAAAGAUAUUUUAUAA